GAAAACCUCCUGGCUCACUAUUCAACCAAACACCCCUUAGCAACAUCUAUGGCUGCUGCUGUCUCCAGCUUCGCGCCCCAAAUUUCUAGGGUCAAAUCUAUCGCAGCAUCUCUUAACCGAUUCCAUCAUCAUCUCAAAACCCUUUCUUGUUCCUCUCGAGGUAUGUGCCUCGUCGCUCAUGCUGCGAAGUCUGGAGGCAGCGGUGGCGGUGACGCUUCGGCGAAGAACAUUGUCGAAAUGGCAAGACGGGCUUCAAUAAGAAAAGAGAUUCUCCAUACAGAUUUUCUUACUCCUCCUGUUGUGAAUGAGACCCUUCUUACUCUAGGAAAACUAGCUGAUAUCAAAGCGGUGUCCCAGGGAGGAUAUCCACAGGCUGAAAGAUGUCGCAUUUCUGUUGGACAUCCUGAAAUUAUGACAACUAUUCCUGAUGUAGUUGCUGCUCUGAGUAUCUCAGGGAACUUUGGGUUCGAACCUUGUUCUCAUGGUGACUUCCUUGGUGCUAUUCUUGGUACCGGAAUUGUAAGAGAGAAGCUUGGAGAUAUACUAGUACAGGGAGAAAAAGGGGCCCAGGUCCUUGUAGUUCCAGAACUUGUUGAAUUCAUCACAUCAGCAUUGGAUAAGGUUGGUAAUGUUUCUGUCACUUGCACACAAAUACCAUUGCUUGCUUUGGAGUAUGAACCACCAAAGACAAAAUCCUUUAAGACCGUUGAAGCCUCAUUAAGGGUUGAUGCGCUGGCCAGCGCUGGUUUUAGAAUAUCACGCACAAAACUUGCCAACUUAAUCAGCAAUGGCGAUGUGCGAAUAAAUUGGUCUCCUGUGUCAAAAAAUGGAGCCACACUCAAGACAGGGGAUAUCGUUUCGGUUAGUGGAAAAGGGAGAUUGAAGAUUGGCGAGAUUGUGACAACAAGAAAAGGAAAGUUCGCUGUCGAGUUAAUACAAUAUUUGUAGGCGUUAGUUCUUCUGAAGUGUGAGUUCCCUCUCUGAGAAAGAUGAUUUGAUGCAUGGGAAAAUUGGUUGAGUAGGACUAAAGCAACAAGGGAAUGUGAAAGAGAUGCUCACUUCACAACCUAAUUCGUUAAUAUUUGGAUAUUUAACAAACCAAGUUCCCAUGUUCAGGUGGCCGUCGAUGAGAGUUUCCACAUUAACUAAACUGAAUUAUGUUGAGGAUAGCAGCCGAAGUGGCAUCCGCAUGACUUCGUGAAAGCAUUUUUAACACCACAGUAGUUGUGAUCUACAAUUUAUUAUAUCAUAUUAUUAUACAUGAUUUUAUGCUAUUAAAGACAGCCAUAGUCUCUGUUGUUGCUUGUUACAAUGUUAUUCUAAACCCAAUUGUACACUGUACACAAGAUCUCUGCCCAUGUAUAUUGGCUUCGCAUGUGCAUGUUCUUUGUCCUUAAAAGACAGCUUACUUGUACUUUCAAUUUUUUGAGUCAGGACAGCUAGGAACCAGCGGACUUAAAAAAGACAAAGGCGACGCCAGCAACGUCUCUUCCUUCUCUUUUCAAUUAUUAUUAAUUUUUGUAAAUGGUCAAAAGUUUACAUGAGCAUCUGUUUCCAAAUUUAAAGGGUUUAGAUCUCAACCACCCGUCUUUAGUUUCAAUUUGUGUCGGUUGAGAUCUAUGUUUGGUUUUGUUAGAACAAUUAUAAUAGCCACAAUAGGUACGCCUCAUUUUUCUGCAUAUAUUAUAUUUGUUGGUGUUGCAAUACAAUUUGCACUUGUGGCAUCUUGGAACUUGGAAAGAAACGAAGAAAGCUUCUGUU